GGCUCGGAUGUUUCAUAGAACGAAUUCGCCAAGAAAUGUCAUGGCAGGGGAAAAUGUUUUCAAAAUUUCCGAGUUCGUUUUACUUUUGGUGGAGAAGAAGUUAACAAGAAACCCUGAAGAUGGCAAAUCUUUCUCUAAAAAUAAGUGUUUUCGAGAAAAAUGUGAUAAAAACAAUGAAGUUUAAGCCUUCUAUGCUAGUUUAUGAUGCGUGUAGAAACAUAAGAGAAAAAAUUUCUGAGGCCAACCAAGGAGAAUCAAAAGAUUAUGGGCUUUUCUUACCUGAUGAAGAUCCAAAAAAAGGAGUGUGGCUGGAGUCUGGUAGAACCUUGGAGCAUUAUCUUCUCCGGGAUGGGGACUUGCUUGAAUAUAAGAAAAAGACGAGGACAUUACGUGUCAGAAUGUUAGAUGAAUCAGUAAAGACGUUACGAGUAGAUGACAGCCAGCCUGUGGCUAAUCUCAUGGUUGUUAUUUGUACAAAAAUAGGAAUCACAAAUCAUGAUGAAUUUUCACUUGUGAGAGAUCUUGCUGAAGAACCUGUCAAAGAUGCUUCUACCACGGGUACACUAACCCUAAGAAAGGAAAAGAAGGAUAAAGAAAGAGAUCAAAAAAUGGAGCAGUUGAAAAAGAAGUUAAAAACUGAUGAUGACUUAAAUUGGGUUGACCACUCGAAAACGUUAAGGGAACAAGGUAUAAAUGAAGAUGAAACACUCUUGUUGAGACGCAAGUUUUUCUUUUCUGACCAAAAUGUUGACUCGAGAGAUCCCGUACAGCUGAAUUUAUUAUAUGUUCAAGCUAGAGAUGCUAUUCUUAAUGGAACUCAUCCAGUGACAAUUGAACAAGCAUCCAAGUUCGCUGGAAUCCAGUGUCAGAUUCAAUUUGGAGAUCACAGUGAGCAGAAGCACAGGCCAGGUUUUCUUGACAUCAAAGAAUUCCUACCAAAAGAUUACUGGAAGGUUAAAGUAAUUGAAAAGAGAAUUUUUAUGGAACAUAAGACGUGCUUAGGAAUGAGUGAACUUGAAGCUAAGGUAAAAUAUGUAUCACUUGCACGGUCACUAAGAACAUAUGGCGUUACCUUUUUUUUGGUUAAGGAAAAAAUGAAAGGCAAGAACAAGUUGACUCCUCGUUUGCUUGGAGUAACAAAGGACAGUGUUUUAAGAUUAGAUGAAAAAACUAAGGAGAUAUUAAAGACGUGGCCAUUAACCACAGUUAGAAGGUGGGCAGCAUCACCAAAUAGUUUUACCUUGGACUUUGGUGACUACUCUGAUUCUUACUAUUCUGUUCAGACAACAGAGGGCGAGCAUAUCUCUCAACUCAUUGCAGGUUAUAUAGAUAUUAUUUUAAAAAAGCAAAAAUCUAAGGACCAUUUUGGAAUAGAAGGCAACGAAGGCUCCACUAUGGUAGAAGAUAGUGUAUCACCAGCAAAAGCCACAAUUAUGCAGCACACUCCAGGAGCAAAGUUAUCUCAUGUAAAUUCUGCAUCACUAGCAGUUCCUGGUGUUAUGAGAAGUGCCGCAGAUGGAGCUCAAAGCUAUAACACAGGCCACAUGCAAGGUGCUCAAUAUGGAGAAGUAAAAGGACAAGUCCACAGUGCCCACUCUCCUACCACACCACAGCAUCCAAAAGUUCACAGUAAGCUGACAGAACCUCAAAAAGCUCUACUUAGCACGAUCGAUACUGGACGAGAUGCCAUAGAUUCAGCACAGAAGGAACUGCAAGAAAAAGCAGAUCUUCCUGAAAUGGGAACAGAUCCUGCUUCAUUGCAGUGGCAACAGAACACACUUGAUGUUAAGAAACAAAGUGUGUCUUCUCAUCUUGGAGCAAUGAAUGCUGCUACAGCACAGGUGGUUACACUGACAUCUGGUUCUCCAGAUGAUGUUGACCAUCCUGGAGUGAAUGCAGCUAUCAACAUCAUUACUACCAACCUCCCAGAGAUGUCUAAAGAUAUAAAAAUGAUAGCUGCACUAAUGGAUGAAGCUGAAGGAAACAAGCUACUUGAUGCUGCCCGAGGCCUUUGCUUGGCCUUUUUUGACUUACUGAAAGCUGCUGAACCUGAUAGUACAGAGCCUCGUCAGAACUUAAUCCAAGCUGCCACACGAGUUGGAGAAGCUAGCCAUGGUGUCCUGUAUACCAUUGGUGAAGAAGAUGGUGUUAAUAAGGAUGUACAGGAUUUUCUGUUGAGUUUGGCUAAAGGAGUGGCAAACUCAACUGCAGCACUAGUUUUGAAAGCUAAGAAUGUGGCCAGCAGAUGCGAUGAUCCAGUUUUGCAGAACAGAGUAAUCAGUUCUGCAACUCAUUGUGCCUUAGCUGCUUCUGAACUGGUUGCUUGUGCAAAGGUAGUUGCACCAACCAUCAAUAAUUCUGCAUGUCAACAACAGCUUGCCGAAGCAGCUAAAGAAGUGGCUAGGGCUGUAGAAAAUAUUGUAACAGUUUGUCAGGAUGCAGUGAGGGAUGAAACCCUGUUGAAAGAACUUGGAGGUGCUGCUACAGAUGUGACCCAGGCUCUUAAUGAUCUGUUAAAUCAUGUACGAAAUCUUCCUGAACAAUAUGGGCAAUCUUCGGAACAUGAGGGUGCUGUAGACACGAUUCUUGAUGCCACUGACAAGCUUUUCAGUAGUACCGGUGAUGCUAGCGAGAUGGUUCGGCAAGCCAAGGUUCUUGCUCAGUCAACGGCUCAACUUAUUCAAACCAUCAAAGGAGAAGCUGAAUCACAACCAGACACAGAUUUACAAAAACGUUUACUAGCAGCAGCCAAAAUGCUAGCAGAUGCAACGACUCGAAUGGUAGAAGCAGCAAAGGGUUGUGCCGGUAAUCCACAUGAUUCCGAGUCACAAGAUGCACUGCGACGAGCUGCAGAGGAAUUAAGAACUGCUACAAAUGCUGCAGCCAGCAAUGCAUUAAAGAAGAAGUUGAUUCACAGACUUGAGAAUGCUGCAAGAAAUGCUGCUUCGAUGGCUACCCAGAACAUAGCAGCAGCACAGAGAGCUUCAUCACAUAAUCAAAACUGGGCAUCUCAGGAAGAGCUUAUUGAAAGCUGCAAGGCAGUGGCAGAAACCAUACCUUCCUUGGUGCAGGGAAUCAAGGCUACUAUAAAAGAACCAGAUAAUGCCAAUAAUCAGCUCUUCUUGAUCAAUGCAUCGGAACAAAUGAUUCAGCCAACUAUUAAGAUGAUUUCUGCAUCCAAAGCAGCACUUCCAACAAUCACCGACUCUUCUUCAGCAAACCAAUUGAAUAGUACUUCUAGAGAUAUGGCCAGUGCAUUGUCAGAGCUUCGUAGUUCCCUGGCAAAGGCGCAGGAAGCAUGUGGGAUACUUGAACUUGAUAGUGCUCUGGAUCUUAUCAACAGCUUAAAUGAUGAACUUGAUGCUUUCAAAAAAGCUGUGAAGGCAUUUGACUUGAAACCUUUGCCUGGAGAAACAAAUGAGUCAUCAGCACUUCAACUUGGAAGCACUUCUAAAACAGUUGGAUCCUCAAUAGCUCAACUGCUUACAGCAGCUUCUCAGGGCAAUGAAAAUUAUACAGGAAUUGCAGCUCGAGAUACUGCAAAUGCUCUUAAGGUCCUCACUGGAGCUGUAAGAGGUGUGGCUGCCACUACUUCUGAACAAGACAUCCAGUUAAAGGUUAUUGAGAAUGCCCAGGAUGUUAUGUCCAAGUCUGCUCAGCUUAUUGAAGAAGUUCGAAUAUCUGUUCAAAAUCCUACUCAUCCUGAAAAUCAGAAAAGAUUGACACAAGUUGCAAGGUCUGUAUCAGCAGCUUUAAAUAACUGUGUUAACUGCCUGCCUGGACAGAGGGAUGUUGAUGAUGCAAUUCGUAACAUUACCGAAGCCACUCAAGCUUUGAAUGCUCAAGAAUUCCCAAGCUCCAAUCGAUCAUAUGGUGAACUCCAAAGUAACUUGAAUUCAGCAGCUGCCACCUUAAACAGUGAAGUAGCUAAUGUGAUGGAGGCUUCUAAAGGUUCACCAAGUAAACUAGCCGUCUCUGCCAAAAACUUUGGAAAUGCUUUUGGUGAUUUACUGGAUUGUGGAAUGGAAAUUAUUGGGCAAACAAAAGAUUCAGAAGUACAUGGGCAAAUGGUGGUAAGCUUGAAGAAUGUGUCAAUGGUAUCAAGCAAGUUACUAGUCGCAGCUAAAUCUGUUGCUGCUGAUCCUGGUGCUCCUAAUGCUAAGAACCAGUUAGCACUUGCUGCAAGAGCUGUGACAGUAAGUAUCAACCAUCUGAUAAAUACGUGCACAUCUACAGCACCUGGUCAGAAGGAAUGUGACAGUGCAAUCAGAAAUAUUCAGAUGAUGAAGCCACUUUUGGAAAAUCCUUCUGAAGGUAUUAAUGAUUCUUCAUACUUUGAAUGCCUGGAUAACAUCAUGGAUAAGUCAAAGAAUCUUGGCGAUGGCAUGGCUGACAUUGCAAAUCAUGCUAAGAAGAAUGAACACGAGAAAUUUGGUGAAGCAGUCAAAGAUGUUUCAGAAUCAAUAUCUGCUUUGAUUGAAAAUGCUGCUCAGGCAGCUUAUCUUGUUGGUGUAUCAGAUCCUUCUAGUGUUGCAGGAAAAUCGGGAUUAGUGGACCUUGCACAGUUUGCUCGUGCUAACCAAGCGAUACAAAUGGCAUGUCAGCAGCUGACUAAUCAAACAAGUAAUCAGCAGCAGGUUCUUUCUGCGGCUACAGUGAUAGCCAAACAUACGUCAUCACUGUGCAAUUCUUGUCGAGUUGCAUCUUCUAAGACUAGUAAUCCAGUUGCUAAACGACACUUUGUUCAGUCAGCCAAAGAUUUGGCAAAUGCGACUGCAAACUUAGUCAAGGAGAUUAAGGCACUGGACCAGGAUCCCAGUGAAACAAACCGUCAUAACUGUUCAGCUGCCACUAAGCCUUUGAUUGAAGCUGUUGAGAGUCUAAAUACAUUUGCUAAUUCCCCAGAAUUUGCAAGUGUUCCAGCAAAAAUCAGCCCAAAGGCUCAAGAAGCUCAGGAACCCAUUAUUUCAGCUGGAAAGUCUAUCAUUGAUGGUUCUUGCAACAUGAUUGAAACAGCAAAGUCCCUUUCUCUCAAGCCUCAAGAUCCUCCCUCAUGGCAGGCAUUGGCUGGGUACAGCAAUGACGUUUCUGAUGCUAUUAAGAAGUUAGUCUCUUCCAUCAAGGAUAAAGCCCCAGGUCAAAAUGAAUGUGAAGAAGCUAUUAAAAAGUUAAGUAUUUGUAUCAAAACAUUGGAUCAAGCAGCACUGGAUAUCAUGAGUCAGAAUCUCUCACCUCGUCAGGACAAUACCCUGAAGGGUUUCCAAGAACAAAUGGAAAACAGUGCAACUGAAAUUAUGGACAGGAUAGACAGUGUUCGAACUUCAUCUAAAGGGGAAGCUGAGAAAAUUGGUCAUGCUGUUUCACAAAUGGUGAAUUAUUUCAGCCCACUUGUUCAAAGUGCUGUUGGUAGUGCAUCUCAUACUUUGAAUUCCAAACAACAGAUGGCACUACUUGACCAAACAAAAACAGUUUCUGAAUGUGCCUUACAGCUUGUGUAUGCAGCCAAAGAGUGUGGAGGGAAUCCAAAGGCUACACAUGGUCACACAGAAAUUGAAGACUCUGCUGAUGCUAUGCAAGAUGCUCUACAUGAUCUCUUGCACACAUUAGAGGCUGCAGCUACUGAAGCUGGAAUAGUGACUGGAUUAGUUGAAUCUCUCAAUAAGUCAGUUGCUAAGGUUGAUGAACAUGUUAGACUCAGUGAAAGUGACUCAUUUGCUGACUACCAAACUAAAAUGGUGAAUGCAUCUAAAGAAAUAGCUAGAAUUGCUCAAGAUAUGGUUGCUAAAUCAACAACCAAUGUUAAUCAUCUGGGCCCGCUGGCAGCAAACUUAUCACACCAGUAUGCUAUUGUUGCCAAUGAGUCCAGGGGAGCUGUUAGUGCCACCUCAAAUUCAGAGGUUGCUAGUAGAAUAAGAACAGCUGUGCAGGACCUGGGAACAGCAUGCAUAGAUCUGACCAAAUCUGCAGGUGCCUGUCAAAGUAAUCCUAAUGAUAUCUUCUGUCAGCGUGAUGUGGUUGGAAAUGCAAGAAAUGUCUCUGAAAAAGCCUCCUUUGUGCUUGCAGCUCUCCAAGCUGGUUCUCGAGGCACUCAGGCUUGCAUCAAUGCUGCUAGCACGGUGAAUGGAAUAAUUGGAGAUCUUGAUACUACUAUCAUGUUUGCUACUGCUGGAACCUUAAGUGCAGAAAACGAAAAUGAAAGUUUUGCUGAUCACAGAGAGAAUAUCUUGAAAACUGCAAAAGCACUUGUAGAAGAUACAAAAACAUUAGUUGCUGGAGCUGCGUCCAGUCAGGAGCAGUUAGCUGUGGCUGCUCAGAAUGCUGUGACAACUAUUGUUCAGCUAUCUGAAGUUGUAAAAUUUGGAGCAGCAUCUUUGGGAUCAAAUAACCCUGAAGCUCAGGUUCUGAUUAUUAAUGCUGUAAAAGAUGUUGCCAGUGCUCUGGGUGAUCUUAUCCAAGCUACAAAGGCUGCAUCGGGAAAAAGUAUAAAUGAUCCUGCCAUGACCAAUUUGAAAGAAUCAGCUAAGGUAAUGGUAACAAAUGUAACUUCGUUACUGAAAACAGUCAAAUCUGUGGAGGAUGAGCAUUCUCGUGGAACAAGAGCCCUGGAAUCUACCAUUGAAGUGAUUGGCCAAGAAAUUAGAGCCUUUGACUUGUCUGAUGUUCCCACUAAAAAAGCCACUCCAGAAGAGCUUGUUCGUGUGACUAAACCCGUUACUAUAGCCACAGCAAAAGCAGUUGCUGCAGGAAAUAGUGGAAAACAGGACGAUGUAAUUGUUGCUGCAAAUAUGAGCAGGAAGGCUAUUUUCGAUCUUUUGACAACUUCAAAAGCAGCUGCCUAUUCUGCUGAAAGUGAUGAAGUUAAAACAAAAAUUCUGGAGACAAGUCGUAGUUGUGCCACAAAUUACAGAGAGCUGUUGUUAAUGGUUCAUCAGGUAAUUCAGAGACCCAGCCAUGAGAGCAAGCAGCAGUUAAUUGGAAUGUCAAGAACAAUUGCUCAAUCUGUUUCCGAGAUUGUGAGUGGAGCAGAAGCCCUAAAAGGUGGAGACUGGGUUGACCCAGAUGAUCCAACAGUGAUAGCAGAAACUGAACUGCUUGGAGCAGCCUCAUCCAUUGAUGCUGCUGCCAAAAAAUUGGCCCAUCUUAAGCCAAGAAGAAACGACAUCAAGGAAGCCAAUGAAGAAAUGAACUUCGAUGAAAUGAUCCUGGAAGCAGCAAAAUCCAUAACAGCUGCUACGUCUGCCUUAGUGAAAGCUGCUUCUGCUGCACAGAAAGAGCUGGUGGAUGCUGGAAUGAUUGGGGCUCAUCCUCUGUAUACUUCUGAUGAUGGUCAGUGGUCUGAGGGACUUGUAUCAGCUGCACGACUUGUUGCUGCUGCAACUCACAGCCUUGUUGAAUCAGCUAAUGAACUCGUGCAAGGUCACGCUACAGAAGAAAAGCUCAUCUCUUCUGUUAAGCAGGUUGCUAGCUCAACAGCUCAGCUGCUUGUUGCAUGUAAGGUUAAAGCAGAUCCCGAGUCGCAAGCCAUGAAACGUCUUCAGAAUGCUGGAAAUGCUGUUAAAAAAGCUACAGAUAACUUGGUUCGUUCUGCCCAAAAAUCAAUUGAAAAUAAUGAAGAACGAAGUCUGGUCAUUAAUAAGAGAAUGGUUGGUGGUAUAGCUCAAGAAAUUAUUGCAAGAGAAGAAAUUCUUCGUAAAGAGAGAGAGCUAGAGGAAGCAAGAGAACGGUUAGCAGCUCUUCGCAGAGCAAAGUAUGGGAACAAAGCUCCUGAUGAAUAUCAUGGUUAUGGUUCUCCCUGAAUGAAUUCAUUGAGCAAGUUAAAAGUAUAGCAUUUAUUAAAUAUGUAUCUGUCUAACAUGUAAUCUGUUGAUCUAUCAAACUGUGGUGUGAUGAUUCUUGGUCUAAAUACAAAAAUUUAAAAGAGUAACAUAUAUUUGUAUAGUAUGAGAUUUGUUUUUAACUUGUUCCUGGUAUUUGGCAAAGAAAAAUUAUUUCUUAAUAGAAAAUAAGCCACUGAAUAUGUUUUUACUGCAAAAGUUUUAGUUCUAGCUGAUAGAAACUUAAAAUUAUGUAUGUUUUUGUUUAGUAUCACCAUCCAUGCCAUAGUUUUAGAGAAGAUUUAAUAGAAAUCACUUUUCAAAAUUUGCUGGUGAAUGACUCAUUUUUGUUGCAUAUUAUUUCAAAUUCUUCCUAAAUCUUGAGUUGCAUACGAGUAUUUUCUUUUCAUGGAAAUAACUAAGGUGUUAAUUGUAUAACAGCAUGUCCUAGCCAAAAACCUUUCAUACAUGCAUAACAUAUAUAGUGAAUGUAUCAUGAGAAGUUUUCUUUCAUAGAAAAAAAAAAUGCUCAAGUUUUCUUAUGCCAUGCAUGUCAGUGUCAUUUUGUGUACUAUGAGAAUAUGUAUUCUUUGAAAGUUUUAUAUCCAUUGUGUCGCUUAGUGGCAUAGAUUCUUUCAUUCCAAUCUCCAGCAUAUUUUAAAACACAAAUAUCUCUUCACAAUCUGCACAUUAUGUUACCAUGAAAUCUUGUAAAGCAUUUAUAUUUUUGCUAAACUGACAUUAAGCUUCUAUUUUUAUGCUCGCCUGUAAUACAAUUGUGUAAUUUCAGGUAUUCUGAAAUACAUAUUAGAAUUUUAAUAAAUCUCAGUGAGUUUAUGAACUUUUUUUUUUUCUAGUUUAUAUAACACAGAUUGUAUAUAAUAUGCUAGUCAUAAACUGAAAUUAAUGUUGGUAGUGGUACUAUAUGCUUAAAAGUGGAAUUAAACCAGGAAAGUUGGGGUUUAUACAUUAUGUACAAACUUGUAUGUAUAAGAGUUCAAUAAAAAGGAAUUUUGAAGUGGUAGUUUGAUGCACACAUAAAUGGUUUAUACUUUAUUAGCCUAUAAAAAGGUUCUAAAGAGCAUUAAUUUAUAAAGAAAAAUCUUAUUUUCCAAUAUGCAACAAAAGAAAACCUUCGAAUAACCAUAGGUUUCUUGAUAAAAUUCAUAAAUGUAAGAUUUAAAAAAAAGGUUCCUUUGAAGCAUUUUCUUAAAGCUCAUUAUGAUGACUUUGUCAUCUUGUAUGCCUUUAAAUGGUUAUUGCCAAUACACAGAGAAGCACGAGAUGAACUUUACAUGUAUGUUAUUAUAAUCACUAUUAAACUUCAUGCCCUUGACUCCAUCCUAUUGAUGUAAUAAUGAACUCUAUUGCAACAAUAUAAUGCAAGAGUUAUAUAAAGAUAUUGUUAUAAGUUAAGCUUUUAUGAUACAAGUACUGGUAAAGAGAUUAAACUAGCAUUUCUUAUAUUAGGCAUUUAUUUGUUCUGAAAGUGAAUAACUGUCAUUAAUUUUAAUUUUCUACUUCUAAUUAUGAAAAUUGAGUACAUUAAGUUUAAAUGGAAACUUUAUUAUUUUCCUGAAAACACAGCAUAACUUUCUGCUAACAUUAAGUAGGCUUAGAAAACUAAUUAAUCAUUUCAAACUAUCAAUAAAAUAAUAUUUCUUUUGGAGGAAAACAUUUAGUACAGAAUUGUUAUGUGUAUUUGUUUUUUGUGUGUUUUUAUUUUUUUACAUUUCUUUCAUCUUUUCAGAAACAGUUAUAUUAAUCAAUUAUGCACAUUUUGUCAUUUCAUAAUGUGAAAGAAAAUGUUUUAUUUGAGCAUAAAUUACUAAGAAAAUAUUGUGCAUUGAAUUUACAUAUUUUUUGUGCAACACAGGUCACAAAAGUGUAGUUUAGUAUUUUACUUCAUUGCAAGCUCAGUAUUAUCACAACUAAGCAAUGAUUAUAUGUGUAGUAGUAGUAUUUUUGAUAACGGUCCAUCAUUCCUAUCUUUUUUUACUGAAAUACGUUAAAUUGAUUUUUAUUUAGUAUUAUUGGAAACAUCCUUGUUCUCAUAAUUUAACAUACUAAUUCAAGAAUAAAGCAAACGUAUAUAAAAAUAACUUUUUAAAAAAAAAAUUUUUCAUUAUCAUUUCUGUUUCAAACAAACUAUGAAAAGGGAGGUAAUUUGAUUUUAAAGUUCAUGGUUAUCUAUUUUAUAUAUACAUAUAUUUUUAUACGUAUCUCUAAUUCCUAAUCUAGUAACAAACCUGGUGCUAACUGUUGAUACUGAUGACAAUUCUGUUCUAGUAGCGAUAACUGACAAUGAAAAUAUUAAUUUGUAUAAUUUAAAAGCAUUUCUGAACAGUUAGUUGUUUCUAAUUGCUUGUAAAGAAAGGUCUUGUGUUUGAGAAUGAAAUUAACAGCUGUAUUAAUAAUAUAACUAUACAUGAUCUAAAUAUAAAUUCUGUAGAAGUGUUUGGUUGUUGAUGUUUUUACCACUGUAUGAAAGACUAUUUUUGUUGUUAAUAGUUAGUAAAUCAUGUUCAGAAGAAGUAUUCAUAGUUUCUGGAUUUAGUUGUGUGCAAUAUAUAUAUAUUGUACUUGAAAUACUUAGGUAAAAAGCAAUCAUAUAUAUUAUCCAGUAAUUAAAGAAAAUAAUGUGAACUGUAUCUCGCACUUGAAUAAGCGGAUUUCUGAUAUACCUAAUUAUAUUUGCUUCGUAAUUGUAAUUAGAAUAAGCUAACAUACUUUUUUACAUUACUGACUUGUGUAAUUUUUCAUCAAAUGACUGACAAUAAAGCUGUAUUAAUUCUCCUUA